AUGCUUGCCAAGUCAAAUGUUGUAAAUAUCGAAGUACUCAACGAACGGUUCUCUUCAAUCACUAGAUGCAGCACCACGCCAACUCCAUGUAUUUAUGGUGUCCGUUCUGUGCAUACACUGACUUGCUUUCACGAUCUCAACUUCGGACUAAAGAUGUCAUCACUUGUAAAAACUGUCGAUCGUAUGGCAGAACAGCAAUUGCCUGCAAACACGUUCCGACAACGAAAAAUUGGGCCAAUUUGCGCGAAGGGUACUGCCAAUUGUGAUGCGUGCAUUGUUAACGGCUUCAGUGACGCGAUGUGC